CAGCCUGGACUGUUGAGUAUAGUCUUAGUUGAGUUGCUAUUCAUGGUUGAACGGCCUAGAUAGGCCGCCUACCAGGGUCACCGUGGAAAGCUACGUUAUGGAUUCUAGAGAGGGUUUGUUGAUAUAUAUAUAAGGCACUAUCAAACUGUUGAAUUCAAUUCGUGAUAGUUCGUGCCCAGCUGUCUCCGACUGGUUCGCAUUAUAUGCCGGUGCUUGAUGUUUAAUUGAGAGGCAGCCCUCGAGACUUACACAUAGCCUAGGUAUGCACAAUGAGGCUCAGUAUGUGGCUUACUCUUGCUUAUGCCGAUGAUACCUUGAGGCGGGGAGGUCACUGAAUCGGGUAAGAUAUGAGCAGCUCCCCUAUCAAAUUAACAAUUGAAAAGCCUCUUCACGUGUUGCUUGCGCUUUUUUUACUCCACUCGGGAUAACAAUGGAUCCUGCGACGGCUUUCGGGCUUGCAUCCAGCGUUAUUCAGCUCCUCACAUUCGCAGGCGGCCUUAUCGCCAAAAGCCGAGAGAUUCAACGAUCCGCACAUGGGAGUCUCGUUGCAAAUGACGAACUUGCAGCCAUCGGCAGGACCCUACAGUCCCAAAGCCGGCGAAUCGCGUCUCAAUUGGCUGCUUGUGGAUCUCAAUCGGAAAUAGGACGCCAAAUCAUUCAACUCUGCGAGGGCGCCCGAGAUGUCUCUCAGGAGCUUAUUGACGCAGUCGACGGGCUCAAGGGUGGAAAUCCAUCUGGGAAAUGGGACAGCUUCAGGCAGGCCCUGAAAAGCAUUCUGAAAGAGCAAGAGAUUUCAGAUAUAUUGGAACGCCUCGAGCGAUACAGACAACAAAUUGACUCGCUGCUAUUAACUAGCAUACAAGAAAGGCUACAGAAGUUUACCGAGACAUCAGACGAUAAGAACACAAGUAUUGAGCAGAGCUUCAACAGAAUGAUGGAGUCUUUUCAGCCGGGUAGUCAGUGGCAAGCGGAGCUUAUCACAACGGCCCGUAGAGGUCUCCAAAACGAUGUUGCAAUUAAGGUAGUACACCAUGACUUCUCCUCCUCAUUAGCGACCGGGGUUCAGCAUGAGCGCGAUGAUUAUCAUAAGCGCAGGUUGCUUAGAUCCCUCACAUUCCCGGAUCUGAAGGAACGGUAUGACGGAAUAUCGGUAGCGCAUCAACGAACAUUCGACUGGGUCUUUAAUAAUGACGAACUGGAAGGGGGAGGGGGGUCGGACACCUUCGGUACUUGGCUGAUGUCCAACAAUCCGCUGUACUGGGUUACCGGAAAGCCCGGGUCAGGGAAAUCCACCCUGAUGAAAUACCUUUCAACUGAUCAACGCCUCAAGCGCCACCUAAAGGUAUGGAGAGGCGACAAAACAGUUUAUAUCGGCCGCUUCUUCUUCUGGAACUCUGGAACAGCCUUGCAAAUGUCCAGGGUUGGAUUAAUGCGGUCUUUGCUUUACCAGAUUCUCUCCGACUGCCCUGAUGAAAUCCCUCACACCUUUGCAGAUAGAUGGGAAUACCAAGAGCUUUUCGGGUACAGCAAUAGAGAUUGGUCAUGGUCGGAGCUAUCAAAUGGACUGUUUUCUAUUAUAUCUGACGAUAGCAGAAUGUUCUUCUUCUUAAUUGAUGGUUUGGAUGAGUGUAAUGGCGAUAGCCGAGACCUGGUCAACCUUCUCUUUGGGGUUACGUCUGAUAGGAAGAAUGUCAAACUUUGUGUAUCAAGUCGCCCUUGGCUUGUGUUUGAGGACGCGUUUCGAAGCCGGCCCUCGCUACAAAUGGAACACCUGACCUUCGGAGACAUCAGACAAUUUACCUCUGAUAGGCUCGGAGAAAAUGCCAUGUUCUUACAACUACAGAAGCUUAAUGAACGCCAAGCUAAUUUCCUGGUCCAGCAAGUUACUCAGAAGGCUUCUGGUGUCUUUCUGUGGGUUGUACUCGUAGUCAAGUCACUUCUCGAAGGUUUACAGGAUGGCGAUACAAUUGAAGAUCUUCAAGUCCGACUGCUUCAGAUCCCUGAAGAUCUAGGAGAACUCUUCCAAAAAAUGCUUCGAGACCUUCAGCCGGCAUAUUUUGAACAGGCGUCUCGCAUAUUACAGACUGUCAGAGCUUCGUACCUACCCUGGGGCGAACUGAGUAUGGAAACCCCGAGUCUGAAAAGGCAGAAAGACGACAAGGAAGGUUCCAUUACGCAGGAUGGUGCAUCCCCGUUACGUCUUUUAACUCUUUCAUUCAUUGAAGACAGUAACGAAACUGCGCUAGGGGCCUCUGCUCAUCAGAUGACCCCAGAUGAGCAGAAUUUCCGCGCGGAACAGAUAAGGCGUCGCCUCCAGAGUCGUUGCAAAGGUCUUCUCGAGGUACCAAAAUACAAGAAACGUGGGCUAAAUGCCCGCAUUCAGUUUCUCCACAGGACUGUGAAGGACUUUCUUGAAGAAAAUCGAGCGCAAUAUAUCCUCACUUCAACCACACAAGGCUUUGACCCGCAUGUAAAGCUCUGCGCGUCGAUUCUUCUUCACGCAAAAGCGAUCAACCUACAGGGCGACUCCUCCGCGGACAUGACCUGCUUCAGUGAUCUGGCGGAGCAAUUCCUGAUGCAGUGUCAUUGGCUUGAGAAAACAGACAGUCCUCAAUACGUACCUUUCCUUGCCGAGAUGGACCAAUUCACAACGGGCAUACUGUCGGGCUCGCCAACCCCUAUAAACGAGGCAUCAUCAGAGCGCCCAUUACCCCACUGGACAAAGCGCGUGGACUCUUACGUCGGAAAGCGUUGUGAGGUGCACUCCCUCCUAGACUAUGCGAAAAUCCGUUCUCUCGACAAAUACAUACAAGCAAGACCCAACGGCCGCUUGUCACUGCAAGCGUCAAUAGGCCUUGAAACACACCCAGUACGAUCUAGCGAAAGCGACGAGAAUGCCAAACGAGUAGAAAGAAACAAGUGCAACGGGAUGAGAGUUGAACCCAAGCUUACUCCAACCCACUCCUCGGACAGAAAGAACCCAAAGGAGGCAGGGGAAAGCACAGCUAGCCGGCGGAGGCCAGCUGGUCGCCUCAAUGUCAUCCGUAGGUUCAUCCGCAAGAUCUGUCUAUGACGAAAUAGGCGGCCAUGGAGCCUGGUCUGAUUUGACCUAGCUGGCUAUCAAUGCAUCAUUUCAGGAGGUUCAACAUCUCCCAUUUCCAGGUAUCAGAUUCGGAGUCGAAUAAUCAACCCACUGAAAGCCAAGCCUCCAUAGCGUCCAGCCAGGCAUACUCACUCGCAAUUUCGGCUGCCUUUUCUUAAACAUGCCCAACGUCUCUCAGCAAGCCAUCCAAUUUGAUAAAUGCAUCAAAUCUACCCAUCUAUACAUUCCAGUCCAUCAUACGACUUAUAAAUUCUCCGGUGCGACAACGCCGUAAUACCACAUCCUAAAUGGGACCUGUUAUAUGCAAUAUUAGGAACUCGGUGGGGGGGAAUACGGCGCAAGAG